UAUGCUCUUGGCCAUUUUAAUCCGAACUUUUGGAUUACGCUGCUUAGGACGAUCAUGGCGUUCGACAUAGCUAGUGAAGGAGAGCCAAGAUAUGAGCAGUUCGCCUACCUGUACAGCGUGAUGAUGGCAAAAAGGGCUGACCAAUGGGGGUGGGUUCAGUCAAACUGUCUGUCUAUGGGUCUGCGUGGACAUUUCGUGGUAGGGGUGCCGAGCUCGCAGAAGACUUGGCGCCGACGUCGGGUGCUGGUGUCAAGAGCUUGGGAAUCGGCACCAAGGGUGAUUGUGGAGAGGUCCAUCUCUAUGACCUUUCAAACAAUCGAUAGGCCAUAGAAUGUCAUUCGGUAGUGGUUUUUUUGUUUUUCAUUUUGUUCUGUUUUUUUUGUUUUUUUUGCGAAGCUAACCUGGGUUGUACAUUUCCUUAUUUCAGUGUCUUUGAAAUGGCCGACCGCAUCCAAGCUGGACAUUGAGACUACCGAGCGCGUUCGGUCGAAGAUUGCCGAAGAAGAUCAUUUCUUCAAGACCCUGUUAGACUUCGGCAAUCUGUUCAAGGCGAGCUUGAUCAGCGAGCCUAAGCACUCUUGAAUGCAAAAUGAGAAAGAGGAACAUGGCCAGGGGUAGGGCGAUGACGGACGCGACGAAGAGGCGGCUGGAGUCUCGGGUGCCUCAGUAGAAGAAGAAAGAUGGUCCCUCGAAGCUGAGGACGAAGCUUCAGCGUCAGGCCGAUGGGGCUUCGACUGAGGAGGUGACUGUGGCCGAUCGAAGUCGAGACCGUUCGGGAGGCCUAUCUCCAGGUGACUAGAAAGAGGCAGAUCGAAGGUGCACUCGAUGUGACGCCUCUGUCGAAGAGGCUAAAGGGGUUGAAUGAGGAUGUAGCCAUCCUCAUUCCUGGCGAUGAGGCGGAAGGAGAGGUCGAGCCGGUGAAUGUGGCAUGCCCCCGGAAGGUGGUGCCGUUCGUCAACUGCAUCAUUGACGAUGCACAGAUGGAGCUCCCGAAGCUAGAGCAGCUGCCGGUGAAGACAGUGCGCGAGCAGGCCGACCUAGCCUUCCGUCUUCAAGCUGUGGCUGAUAUGGAGAUGUGGCUGUGCAUGAAGCGAGCCUUGAAUGCUGCCGAUCGGUAUCGGGAGAGGUUCGAGGACAACCGAGCGAAAAUUGCCAAGGCAGGCAAGGUCAUUAGAGAUGCGGAUCAACACGCUGAGGAGAACGCGGCGAAGAUUGCAGAGCUCUCGUCCAGGUUGGCCGAAGCUGAGAAGGCGUUAGUGAGUGCCGAGAGGCUAGGGUUGCUACUAGAGGUUUGGUUUGGUGCGGUUCGGCUCGGAUUUCCAAUGUGCCGGUUUGUGUGCCUACCCUUAGUUGCUGCAGAGGUGGCCAAGGAUGCGGCCAUUCGAUUUCGUGCUGUGGAGGUGGAGGCGGCCAAGAAGGAAGCCGUGGCCGAGUACCGAUCCUCGGAUGAGUUCACCGUGCUGUUGGACAAGGAAGUCAUGGACCUGUGUGACGACCUUGUUUACUGAUUCAAGCGCUACAAUGCCGACAAGAAGCUGAACCUGAACUUCCUUUGGGAUCCUCCUCCGUUGCCCGAAGGUGUCAUAAAAGAGAUGGUAGAGGCAUAUAAGGGUGAUGACGUCAAUGCCGAUUCUUACCAAUUCGAGUAGCGAGGAGGAUGAUGCCGUUCCUGCUGCCGAUACUGCUGUUGCUGAUCCUCCCGCUUUGUAGCUUAGGCAUAUUUGUUGUUUUUCUGUUGUAGGGCUUCCAUCCUAACCUCAAGGGUGUUCUGCCGAACGUGUGUUUUCGUUCGGGGCGUGCUAGGCAGGGGAGCGGGGCUCGCUCCACUGGCCAGGCCGAGGAUAAGACCAUCGGUCGCGAGGGACAAAGGUGUGUUUAUAGGUUUGAAAAAGGGAGAUAUGGGCUGAUUGUCAGUCGCUUCCCACAGACGAAGCCAAUCUGUUUCCCCUAAAACUAAACAGAUAUAGAAAGAGACAACUUAUAGGUGGUGUGAUGAUUCUACCUGGUGGACCCUUGAUGUGAGCAUUCGGUACCUUGAGGUAUUAUGCUUCGUUUCGAGCUAAGAAAAGAAAUAAUGGAUGAGAUGAAGAGUACCAGUGUGGUACCAGCCCAAGACCCUCAGAUGGCAACGUUAGUUUAGGGAAUUUUCUGUUUUAGCAAGUAUUUAUAGCGUAAAUUAAGCUGAGAGAUCUUACCUUUUGUCUAGGGCAAGGGGUCUUAUUUAUUGAGAGCAUUUGAGAUGCUCUUAGUACUUAGUUUAGAUGUGGGACUCGUGGAAGUGCCCUAUGAGGUUGACACGAGUUCGCAAAAUAUCAAUGGGGACUUUUCGAGAUCCUUUCGUGUAAUCGGCAUGGAGUGCCAAUCGUUACGUCUUAGGAGCUUCCGGGAGCUUAAGCCGAUCAGCGGAUGACUACUAUGCUUUGUGAUGAAUCGGUCACCUAUGCCAAUUUAUACCUUUGACUAGUCUGUCGGUGAGCCAGAAUGUUUCCUUAACUCCAUACUCUUUCCACGUGUCGUGAAGUGAGUGGUAGGGUCAUCUAUGGUAUAAACACCAGUGAUCAGGCAAUGACCAACUUGGACCCAACAGUCACACAACAAAACAUCUUCAAUGGUUGUCUACAAGCCUGACUUCGAUGGAAGAUGCCAUUUAUAUUUUUACGCAAAUGGAAUUUACUAGUAGAAAAUUUGGUGUGGAAAGUGAAUAAUAUUGUUAAGAGAAGAAUUUACACAAAGAUAGGAGAAGAAU